AUGGCGACCUUCCUGCAGAAGUACACAAACUUUCUGACCCAGAAGCCCCUUCUCGGCAACUCGGUCCUCUUUGCGACUGGAGAUGCGCAGCAGGUUGUCGAGAAGAAGGGUUGGAAGAACUAUGACUGGAAGCGGACUGGACGUAUCGUGCUUUGGGGAGCGGGCAUCUUCUCGCCCGCUGUCACGGUGUGGUUCCGAUACCUCGACCGUCUGCCUGGUCGCGGAACGAUCCCGGGCACGGCGCUGCGUGUGGCGUGCGACCAGCUGAUCGCAUCGCCGACAGUACUAACCGGCUUCUUCACGUUCAUGACGCUGGCCGAGGGCAAGUCGCUCGACGAUGCCAAGGCCAAGUGGAAGCGCGAAUUCUGGCCGACACUCAAGACUAAUUGGAUUCUCUGGGUGCCGUUCCAGGCCUUCAACCAGGGUAUUGUGCCCCUGCAGUACCGCCUGCUCGCGAGCAACCUCGUCAACAUCCCCUGGAACACGUUCCUGUCCUAUGUCAACAACCGCGCGCAGAGCCAGGACAUCGAGAUGGGCCAGGUCAAGACGCAGUAG